AUGGACAUGGAGAAGAAAGAGAGAUCCUCGGACCAGAUUGAGGAUGUCAACGCGGAGAAGCUCAGCGUCCACGAUGGGACGCUCAUCAUGCCCGCCAGUCUGGCAGCUUUGAGCCAGGAGGAUUAUGAAAAGAUUGGGAAGAAGGCCACGUUGAAGAUGGAUAUGGUCAUUAUGCCCAUCAUGGUCAUCAUGUAUGUCCUCAACUACCUCGACCGUCAAAACAUUGCCAGCGCCAAGCUCGCCAACAUUACCACGGAACUCAACCUCAGCCAGGUCGAGUAUCAAACCACAGUCAGCAUUCUCUUCGUCGGCUACAUUCUGAUGCAGAUCCCUUCCAACAUGAUUGUCAGCAAGAUCAAGUGGCCCGGGGCGUACAUCUGCGCUGCCAUGGCAGCGUGGGGCGCGAUUUCGUCGCUCAUGGCCGUUGUUCACAACUACGAAGGUCUCCUGAUGGCUCGAUUCUUUCUCGGAUUCAUCGAGGCAGUCUUCUUUCCGGGUGCCCUUUACUAUCUUUCCCUUUUCUAUAACCGUAAGCAGUUCGCCUUGCGGACGGCGAUUCUCUACUCUGGGUCGCAGUUGGGCAACGCUUUCGGUGGGCUGUUUGCCAUUGCUAUCUUGAAUUUGGAUGGAACCAGUGGCCUGUCUGGGUGGCGAUGGCUCUUCCUGGUCGAGGGUGUCAUCACCGUUGGACUGGCCAUCCCCUUCGCCAUGAUUCUCCCCAACUCCAACAAGAAGAUCCCGACGCUCACCCAACUCGAGUGCGAAUGGGUCCAAUACAACUUCGCAGCCGAUCAAGGCCAAGAGGACAACGCAAGCGAGGUGACCGCCUUCAAGGGCUUCAUGAUGGCCGUCGCGGACCCCAAGACCUGGAUGCUAAUGGGAAUCCUCUACUCGACCUACAUCGUCGGCGCCGUCGCAAACUUCUUCCCCUCUGUCGUCGGCGGCCUCGGCUUCUCCCGCACAAUGACCUACGCCCUCACCGCGCCCCCCUUCAUCCUCUGCGUGUUUACCAUGCUCCUCAACGGCUUCCACUCCGACCGCAAGCAGGAGCGCUACCUCCACAUCGUUAUCCCGCUCUGCAUCACCCUCGUCGCCAACGUCAUCGCCGUCUCCACCAUCAACAUCGCCGCGCGCUACGUCGCCAUGAUGCUGCUCCCGGGCUCCUUCUACGCCGCCGCCGUCGUCAUCCUGUCCUGGAUUACGGGAAGUCUGGCGCAGCCGAGCGUCAAGAGGGCCAGUGCCAUCGCGCUGAUUAAUGCUAUGUGUAACACGCCUAAUAUCUGGGGUAGUUAUUUGUACUACGGCGCGCCGCGGUACAUCACCGCGUUUAUUGUGAAUAUCGCGGCGACGGGGCUGGCGAUUGGGUUUGCUACUGUUACGCGGAUCUGGCUGAGGAGGCUGAAUGCGAAGUUGGAUCGGGGAGAGGACUGUGGUUGA